AUUGAGAUCCAGCAGAGCCGGUUGACCGACAACCAGAAAUAGAAAGAACCUAAGAGGAAAUGAGCAUGACCCUUCUAACUAAUUAGGAGUAUUAUGACAAUUGACAAUUUGACAUUGCCAGAAAGAUUUUCCCUCCAUUAUUUCCUAUAUAAUUGGCUUUUUUUCUCCCCAUCUUUGUCCUAAAAACGUAGCAACUCAGCAUUCAUGUUCUGCUUGAUAAAAUAAUAAAUUAAUUCAUACACCUAACAAUCCUAUCUAGCCGGUGGGUCAGAUUUGUGUUCUUCAAGAGUCUUUUUUACGUUUGGUGACAACUUGAAAAACUAAAAAGCUCAGAUCUUUGGCUCUUUUAGUGUUAUUAUUGAAUACCCAUCUGGGUUUUGAGUUAUUUCUUUUUGUUUUGUGAUGGGUUGGAGAUACAAGGCUGGUCUUUUCCUUAUUUCAGCUGUUGUGGUUAUUUGGGUCACCUCUGCUGAAGUUACCCAGGGCAUUUUCUCAGAAUAUAAGCAGCCAUUUGCAAUCACAUACCUUGGAGCUUCUUUGCUGGUAAUUUAUCUCCCUGUAGCAUUUCUUAAGGAUUGGAUAUGCGAUUUGCUGAAGAGACGCGCUAGUAGAACUGAUAAAAAUACUGGAACUGGCAAUGAAUCAUAUACGAGACAUAGUUCUCCUUUAAAGCACACAGUACAGAAAGUGUUCGAGAUUGAAAUCCUGAAAUCAAUAGACAGAAAAGACAGUGAAGAAAAUCUUUCUGCAGAGGAAGAAGGAAGACCUCUUGUUGCUAAAUGCAAUGGUAAUUCUGAUGAUUCAAAGAAUGGAAAAGAGAUAACCACCUGGCAAAUUGCUCGUUAUGGAUUCUUUCUUGCUCCUCUCUGGUUUAUAACCGAGUACCUGUCAAAUGCAGCACUUGAACAUACAAGUGUUGCAAGCACAACAGUACUAUCUUCUACAUCGGGAUUAUUCACUCUUUUUGUUGGUGUAAUACUUGGUGAAGAUUCCUUAAAUAUGGCCAAAGUAGUUGCAGUCUUUGUUAGCAUGUCUGGUGUUGUCAUGACCACUCUAGGAAAAACAUGGGCGACUGAUGAAUCUCAGUUGAACUCUUCCUCAAGCGGCGAACGUUCUCUCCUUGGGGAUCUCUUCGGCCUUCUUUCGGCAAUGUCGUAUGGCGUGUUCACUGUGCUGCUUAAAAAGUUCGCUGGUGAGGAAGGAAAAGGAGUAGAUAUGCAAAAAUUGUUCGGGUAUAUAGGUUUGUGCACCCUUGUGACCAUGUGGUGGCUUGUAUGGCCAUUGACUGCGCUAGGGAUUGAACCCAAGUUCACAAUACCUCAUUCUGCUAAACUGGAUGAAGUUGUUUUAGCCAAUGGACUCGUAGGGAGUGUUCUCUCAGAUUACUUUUGGGCACUGUGUGUUGUUUGGACAACUCCUUUAGUUGCAACUCUCGGCAUGUCUCUCACAAUUCCACUUGCAAUGGUGGCCGACAUGGUGAUUCAUGGACGUCAUUAUUCUGCUAUAUACAUUCUUGGCUCAGCACAGGUAUUUGCAGGAUUUGUAAUAGCUAAUAUAGCAGACUGGAUUUCGAAACUUAUGGGACUAUGACAUUUGGUGGACUUCCCUUAGCUCAAUUCAAAAUAUCUUUGAUAUAUGCCUGUGCCGUAUGGAAAGAAGAAAGAAAGAUGACCACUAUACCACUCUUCUGUGACUGCAAAUGGUUUUUUUAAAAUUUAUUCAUUGUUGUCCCAGAUUAUUAACCUUUUGAUCCCCAAAUGUCAUUUUUUUCUCUUCCCGUUUUGAUUCUUUUGAUUAUUCUUUCUCAAAGUUGUCAAUUUUUAGCCGUGUAAAUAUUGGGUGAUGAAAUUAUGUCUGUCCAAUUCAGUACUGGUCUUCAUCAUCCAAGUCAAUUAAUAACUAGUACCAUUCAUUUUAUGCGUA